UACGUGAGAUGUCUGUCUUUGAUAAAUUAGCAUUUUUGAAUUGAUUGUAAUAAAAAUUACUUUUAAAAUUAACAAGAAGAGCAUUUAAAAGAAGCGCUCGUUAUUUAUAAAAUGGUGUCUUGGGCGAACGUUAUCUACAAUAUUAUAAAUGGCAAACAAGAAUUAUGCUCAUUGUGUUUCGAGAUCGUUGAUAAUAGCCAAAUUAAUUUACAAGACGAAAUAAUAUUAAAUAAUAAAGACACAGAAAUUGCUAUGAAAUUGUAUGAUAUAUUAUCCGUGGUUCUAAAUGGAGAGACCUGCAAUAGAAUGUCGUUAAAAAGCGCAAUCUGCAAGAGUUGUGCGAGAUUAGCUGUUAAUAGUUACAAGUUUAUAAUGAUGUCAAAAGAAAAUUGCCUGACCUACAACAAUAUUUUAGAUAGCUUAACAAAUUGCUUGAAUAGCUUAGAUUCCAAUGUGGAUGCAAAUACAUUAUAUGUUACACUGGAUACAAAAUGUUUUACAACUGAACAGUAUUAUGACAAAAAGCAAGCAAAUUCUGCAACAUCUGCCUUAAAAAUAUUUGAAUCUAUGAUUGAAAAUCCAGCGCAUGUUAAAUCAGAACUUGUGCCAGAAGAAUUUGAUUAUGAUGUGAAGGUGAAAAGAAAAAGGACUCGUUCUUCAAUUAAAAUUUGUACCAAAGAUAUGUUGUACGAUGAAAAUGACAAAUUGAACAUGAAAUGUAAAAUGUGUUUGAAGAGUUAUCCAUCGUUGUCUAAUUUAAGGAAUCAUUAUAUAAGAGUUCAUGCACCUAAGAAUCAUGAAUGUUCGAUUUGCAAGAGAAGUUUUGGUUCUCUGUCCAUUUUGGAGGCUCAUAAGAGUGAGAGUCAUGUCACACUAAUGUGUUCUGAAUGCGGCAAAACAUUCAAUAACCGGCACACCUUGAAAAUGCAUGAAAUCGGUCACACAUUGAAAAUUGUCUGUAAAGACUGUGGAAGAGUCUACAAAAGUCAAACGACAUACAAAAAGCACUUAGUUUUAAACAUAUGUAGUCAGAAAACUAGAGCCUCGCCGUCAGAUGCUAAGUUCACUUGCGAUUACUGCAAUAAGAGGUACACACAGAAGGUGUCCCUACGUGUACAUAUUCAAUAUGAACAUGGAAAUUAUAAGGCUCAUGAAUGCAAGUGGUGUAAAAAGAAAUUUUGGGCUCCGAGUAGAUUAAAAGCACAUAUCGUAAAACAUACUCAAGAAAAAAAGUUCCCAUGUUCCAUUUGUGGCGGUAAAUUUGUUACGAAAGAGUCUUUAUUGUAUCACACUCGGAUACAUACUGGAGAAAAGCCGUAUAAGUGUGAUUUCUGUGAUCAGACCUUCAUAUCGGCAUCAAGAAAAGUAGAUCAUAUUAAGCGUCACCAUACAAAUGCUAUAUUUCAAUGCAGUUUGUGUAAAAUUAAAUAUACAACUAAAGUAUGUUUGGAAAAACAUAUGAAAACGCACAUUAAAGAUGAAAUUGCUAGACCGGAACAGAAGUCUUCGGAACUAUUAUUUAAAUUGCCAAUAGAUGAUGAUUUGUAUCUUGGUUCUGAGGAGGAAUCGUAUUAUGUUUCUUAGUUUCUGAAGAAUUUCGCUUUUCAAUAAAAUUUGUUUUGAUUAUUAUAUAAUUUAAAAUUUUCCUACACAUGAGUGAAAAAUUUAUUGACUAGUUUCAUUUGUAUUAGAUUAAUCUAGUUAUCUUAAGCAUUCUAUAAGUCUGCCUUCAAUAGCAAUAAAUCGCUUGAGUU